CUCAACCUGCCCAAUCCCGGCACCUACGAGGGUGUCAACCGCGAAGUCAAGCACACCUUCUUGACAAACCAUGUCUUUGACGGAGCUCGCUGCGAUAUCACUAAGGUCCUGACCCCUAACUUCCAGGUCACGCACUCGUUCGCCAUGGGUGCUGCUGGUGCGCCCUCGAGCUACAACUUUGGCACCGCCUUCAUCGGCCAACAGUCGUUCUUGUCGGGCAACUUGGACACAGAUGGCAAUGUCCAGGCCAGAGCCAACUACGCAUGGAGCACCACCAACGUCUCCAAGGUCCAGGCGCAGCUGUCAACGACCCCAGGACACUCAAUGUUGCAGGUUGAGCAGGAUUACAAUGGUCAGGACUUUAACCUUAACCUCAAGGGCGUCAACCCCUCCCCUGUUGAGGGCACCGGUAUCUUCAUCGGCUCGUACUUGCAGUCCGUCACACAAAACUUCGCUCUCGGUGCUGAGGCUGUCUAUCAGCGCCCUACUCCCGGCCAGGAGGAGACCAUCUGGUCCUAUGUUGCCAAGUAUACCGGAAAGGACUAUAUUGCGACAGCACAAUACCAGGGCUUUGGAGCACUCCAGGCGGCCUAUUAUUUGCGCUACUCGGAGAAGGUCGAUUUCGGCACGGAGAUCCAGUUGGUCACUGCGGGCGGUCGCCGUGAUGCGAUCGCGACCGUCGGUGGUAAAUUUGAGUUCAGAAGAUCGACCUUCAGAGGACAGGUCGAUACCACAGGAAAGGUGUCUGCGGUCUUGGAGGAAAAGAUCGUACCCGGAUUCUCAUUCCUUGUCAGUGGAGAGAUGGAUCAUGGCAAGGGCCAGAGCCGAUUCGGUGUUGGUAUGAUG